AUGGGAAAUCCAUAUCUAGUAAUCGCAGCGGUGGCUCUUUUGUUGCCGGCCUUGUGCGCAGGGCAGACAGAGGGGAAUAGUAGUACCAAGUGCCCAGAUGGUACAAUGACCGAGAAUGAGGUUGACUGUCAAAUACUUACUAUGAUCAACACGCGACGUUCGCAAUUGGCCACUGGCACGCAAUAUAACGGAUUUAAAGGCUCAGUUACCUCCGGAGUGCAACCAACAGAACUUCCGUCAGCACAAAAUAUGCGUAAAUUGACAUGGAGUUGCGAUCUUGAACAGCAAGCUAAAACGCAUGUGGACGAACUGGUGAGCGCUUGCGAAGUUGCGGAUGAUGAAAACGUGGAAGCUAAUGUUCUAAUGAAUGAUUAUGAGUACUUCGACGCCGAUUUGUCUACAAGACUCUGGCAAAAGCUGAGCGCCAUCGAUAACCAAAAUCUCACUGGUGUCGGCGAAAGCAGCGUGACUUUUGCUGGUUCAGCUGAUUUCGUAAAUGAAAUUCCACUGAAGGCAUAUGCUAUACUAAUGAAUUCUGAAGCCAAAGAAGUGGGUUGCUCCCAAGGUCAGUGCACGUCCGGUGAACAACCAAUAUAUUACAUUUAUUGUCUCACUGAUAAAGGGGAUAUGAGUCCGGGAGAUAAAAUUUAUGAUGUGGGUAAAAAUGACAAAGGUUGCAAUUGCGAAGCUCCCUUGACUUGUGACUCGUCCGGCUUGUGCAUUGAACCAGCCAACACGACACAGGCACCAACAGUGACAACUUCCGCCGCAGUUACCAGUGGGGCCGGCUCUCUAGCGCCUGAGACGACAACACUUCUAUCCUUGGCCGAGUUCCCCGGGUCAAGUUCGGCAGAGCCAAGCACUUGGUGCAGUUUUGGCGAAAUUUCCGACACAAUGAGAAUGCACAUGCAAGACACUCACAACUUCCGAAGAUCAACUCUCGCCCUAGGACAAAUCACGGAUAACACAGGAGCCACACUACCGGCAGCCACUAACAUGAAUUACCUACACUGGAACUGCACUCUGGAAGAACAAGCCCACAAUUUCCUCAGAAGCUGUCCAACGGAAGGUUACCAAAGACCGAGUGAUGAUCUACCGGCACAGAAUUUCUAUCGCCAAACAAUUACUUCGAACGAGCCAACAUGGAGAGACAUGAAUAAGAAGACGGUUACGGAAUGGUGGAAACCUGUGCGAAAGGUUGCCGGUCCAGGACAAAGUGCCAAAUUCCUUGCUCAACACAGCGGCAGCAGCAUAAGAUCUUACACCCUAAUGGGCUGGGCGGAAAGUCAUCAAAUGGGUUGCUCCAUUGCCAGGUGCGGUAGCGAUUGGGUGGAGGCGUGUCUCUAUUACCCUCCAGGAAACAAACCCGGCGCCCUGCAGUACAAACCUGGCAAGGCAUGCUCUGAAUGCAACACUCUUGGACAGGGACCAUGCCAAGCUAGUCUGGGACUGUGUGACUCAGAGAAGUGAGAACAUAUAUUGUUUAAGUUGGGAAAUAGUCGGGUAUCUGUAGUUAUUCUCGUUCUUUUCUAUGAUGAUUUUUUCCAAAAUAAAUAUUAUACGGCAUUUGUC